UAAGGGGUUAUGGAGGAUAAGAGGCGGCGCAUAGGGGUGAGAGGACAAACGCUGAACAUAUUUAGAGGGACGUAAAUGAAGGACUGAGACACUUUUGGUGCGGUGCUAGAAAAUAUGAAGACAUACGUGCUUCUCUUGGCCCUGGCUCUGGGAUGCUCAGGAGUCCCGCUGUACAACUCUGAGCUGGAGUCUAUGGCAGACAGGGGGCUUGGAGCAGCUCUGGCUGAGGUCAACUCCGCGUAUGCUGUCGGUCAUCUUUACCGGGUAACUCGGGGCUCUGUCUCACGGGUUAUUCCCGUGGGCCUGAACACCGUUGACCUGCUGAUGGUGUUUGGCAUCAAAGAGACGGAGUGUGUGAAGACUUCCAGAAGCAACCCCCAGACAUGUGCCUUCAGACCUGGCUUCUUUGUGCCAUCCCUCUCCUGCUCCAGUCGGGUUCGGAUGUCGGCCGCCUCCACCCAGGUGGUGUCUCUCAGAUGCGGCCGCGACGCCUCCAGCUCCAGCUCCAGCUCCUCCAGCGAGGAGAUGUUUUCAAGAGGGAGACACCAGUUCAACAUCCCAUUUGCAAAUAGAGCACCGGCUCCUCCUCCAACUCAUCCACCUCCUCCUCCUCCACCCGUCCAGCCUGGUCUCUUCCUCCAAAGCCAGACGGCAGAGGUCCCGCACAGAGGCGACACUUUCAACAACUACCUGGUGUGAAAGUUCAGCUCACUCUGGAAACACUUAGUUGCUGUUUAGAAGACAAACUUGAAUUAAAAAAAACUGAAUUUGCACGUCA